CCACCAUAUUAUUCUUCGAGAAUGGACUUUAAUACCAAUCGGCAAGAAAAUCACUUUUAUCUUAUUUAAUUGAAAUUUAAACACGUUUUUUAAAGUAAUAAAGCAGAUUACAAAAAAACAGAAUAUGAAUAUGAAAUACAUUUUGGUUUUGUGUUUUACUAUAAAAUUCUUGGUUCAAACUGUUGCGUACAGUACCGAUGACGUGGCUAUAGAAAAUUAUGUAGUAAGCAUCAACCAAUAUUCAGGCCAGGAAACUGCUCUUACUACGGCUCAAUUAUUGAAUAUUCUGGGCGACAACUAUGUAAAUUGUGUGAAUAUUUGUGUUGCAACAAAUCGUAUAAAAAAAAACGACUUAAACUAUGUAAAUAAUGUUCUAUUCAGGAUUAUCGUGGGUUGCAUUUGCGGAAUAGAGAACAAUACAGUACAAGAAUUUUUAAGGAAACCAAUUGCUAUAGCCAAUUUUAUAAUACACUUCAAUCAACAUUCAGGUCGGGAAACUGCUCUUACUACGGCUCAAUUAUUGAAUAUUCUGGGCGAGAACUAUGUAAAUUAUGUGAAAAAUUAUCUCAGGGAAAAGAGUAUGACUACAAACGACUUAAACCAUGUAAAUAUUGCUCUAUUCAGGAAUAUUGUGCAAUACAUUUGCGGAAAAAAGAACACGACAAUACCAGAAUUUUUAAAUAAACUAAUUAUCAAGUAAAUGAUGGUCUAUUCGGGGAUAUUGUGAAAUUCAUUUGCAUACAAACAGAAGUGUCCGUAGAAAAUGUUUUAAUUAAUUAUUAAUGAUUCAAUACUUUAAUAAAU